AUGGCCUCAGUUACAGAUGACCUGCCGACGAGCAACGGCGUGAAUGGACACGCCGAUGCAGCGCCGACCUCUCCCAAGCCGAUUAGUACGCCGUUGGGAAAGACGGAGGUCUUGGAAGUCGCAAACAACGUCUCUAAGAACGCCGAAGCCUUUGGCGCAAACUCGACGCCAACAGCAGUGGAGACGACCGCAACAACCGACGCACCCGUCAGCGACAAGUCAGCAGAGGACGACGCCAAGCCGGAACCGGCACCAACAGCAGACCUGCCCUCUGACGACGCCGAGAAGGAGGUUGCGAAAGACGACGAGGCCGUUGCUGCGCCAGCCGCAACCGCAGAGGAGCCGGCAGCCGAAGCACCAAAGGAAGUUAGCCCAGCAGCACCAGCACUGUCGACCGAAGAGCCGACAGCUACUCGUGCACCUGCUGUGGAUCCUGCGAAAGAACCCUCGUUGGAGGCUGGGAGGCAGUCAGCCGCAGAGGCCGCACCGGAGAGCGCCGCUGAAGAAACACCAGCUGCCGAACCCAGCAGCGCGCCGAAGACGUCCGACGAGGAACGGGCGGAAACAAAGCCCGGGUCGCCGUCACCGGGAGCUGGUGCGAAAGACUCGGAUGUCGAUAUGAUUGACGUUGCGUCCGCCCCCAGCGAGAACGCGGCCCCUGCGGAUGCGAUUCCGGCUGCGGUUGCUGCGGCUGCUGCGGCGCCGACUCCCCCACCCGCCGCUGUGUCCAAGGCCCCCUCCCCAGAAAAGGCCAAGUCACCACCAGUCCACGCGCCCCUCACGCACUCCAUCUCCUCCAGCCUCCUGCCGUCUCUUCGUGACGAUCGUUCCCGCGAGAACAGCUCGGGUGCGGCGGCACAGGAUACGAUCAUGGCAGAUGCUUCGGGGGGCAAGGUGCCCAGGGAGAGAGAAGACGAUGAGGAGGUUGGUCCUUCGGCGAAGCGCGCCAAGACUGAAGACGCCGAGGCACCUGCGGCACCGGCCAGCCACACGGAGGCCCCCCCUGCCGGCGCUGAGAUGCAGGUGGACGUCGCCCCCGUUGUCAUGCCGCCUCGCACACGCGCCGUGGCAAAGGAGGGCAGUCUAGCAGACCCUAAGCUGGACGACGAGCCCAUUUCGGCAUAUGCCAGCAAGGAGAUCCGUCGUGUCCUCGCCAGUGUCAAGAAAACAAAGGCAGGUAACAACUUCAAGGAUCCUGUCCACAAGAAAUGGCCUAUGCUCUGGGACGCGUAUACGGCGCGGGUGGCGAAGCCAGUCGACAUUGGACUGCUGGAGCGCAACCUUCGUGAAAAUGCAUACGCGACGCAUGGCGAAUUUACGUCGGACCUGUUUCUGAUUUUUGAGAAUUCGGUUUCGUUCAACGGUCUCGGCAACCCUGUGACCGACGAGGCCAAGUCGCUCGUGGACAACUACUUCACACGGCUCUCGGAGGUCUCUGCGCAGGAGCCGCAGAAGUCUGAGAAGAAGGAGCCGAAGCAGCUGCCCACCCGCCAGACCGAGCCUCGCGCUGCCGCGAACCGCCGCGAAUCCCGAGGCGCCGCGAGCUCGCCCGCGGACGACUCUGUCAUCAAUGUCUCGGCCAGUCCGCUUGCCCUGUCCACGUCGUUUGGGGCGAACACCAAGGCGUCGUCUCCUGGCCUGGCCGGUGCUACGGCGGUGGAAGCAUCGACACCGGUGUUUGCGGUCCCGUCGUCGGGCGUGCCCAUUAUCCGCCGCGACUCGGCCAAGAACGACGGCGACCGGCCGAAGCGGCCGAUCCACCCACCCAAGAACCGUGACCUUGGCUACGAGCCGAAGAACCCCAAGAAGAAGUCGCCCGAGUUCCGGUUCUGCGAAGAGGUGCUCAAGGAGCUGGUCAAGGCGAAGCACUACGAGAACAACCACUGGUUUUUGAAGCCCGUCGAUGCUGUGGCGCUGCAGAUUCCGACGUACCAUAAGGUGAUCAAGAAGCCGAUGGAUCUGGGCACGAUGCAGACGAAGCUCAACCUUGGCGAGUACGUGUCUGCCAAGGACUUUGAGAACGACUUUGGGCUCAUUGUCAAAAACUGCCGCAAGUUCAACGUUGUCGGCGAGGUCGUGGACGCCGCGAACCGGCUCGAGGACCUCUUUAAGCAGAAGUGGGCGGAGAAGGACAGCUGGAUUGCGGCGCACACCACGCAGACGACAGCGCCCAGCCCGUCUGUGAAGGACGAGGAUUCUGACGAGGAUGCAGAGGACAGCGACGACGAGGGAGGCGAAAUCUCGGCUCCUCCGCUCUCGAGCGACACCGUCAACGCUCUUGUUAAGCGUCUGGAUGAGGAGAACGCGCGCCUGAAGAAGCUGCUAGACGCCGCCGCUCCGGACAUGACGAUGAUCACGACGCAGCAAGUUGUUACGAAUAUGAUUCAGAAGCAAAUUGUUGAGGAGAAGAUCAAGCUCGCGGCGGUGGAGGCCGACCGCCGGACCAAGAAACCAGCCAAGGCGAAAGCGGCCAAGGGCAAGAAGGCGGCUGGCGGUGGUGGCGCAGCAGCAAAGAAGGCCGGUGCUGGUGGUGCGAAGAAGGCGGCCGGUGCUGCGGCCAAGAAGGCUCCCAAGCCGCGGCACUUUGGCCAGGCCGAGAAGAGUGUGGUGACAGACGGUAUUAACAACUUGGAUGGCAAUCAGCUCGAGAAGGCGAUUGACAUCAUUAAGAAGGAUACCAGUCAAGAGGAGAGUGAAUCUGGGGAGCUGGAGCUGGACAUUGACCAGCUUUCACAAGAUGCCCUGGGCAAGUUGUAUGAGCUCAUCGUCAAGGCCUUCCCCCACAUGCGGGUGAAGACGGAGAAGCCCAGAGCGACGGGCGACGGGGCGGGCAAGCCGAGCGGCAAGCCCAAGAAGCACAAGCCGAUGGGCAAGCUGGAGCAGGAGCGCAACAUUGAGAAGCUUCGUGAAAUCAAGGCGCAAUUCCAGCGUCCCGGCAGCGGUAGUCAAGAGCCACUGCCGUCGGUUGAAGUGAACCAACCGCUCGAGGAAGAGGAGAGUGAGGAGGAAGAGAGCGAGGUCGACUCGGAGGAGGAGUAG